AUGGUAAUGAACUUGUCCCCUGAUGGAGCAUCAUUCUUGAUUCCUUACGCUGCCCUUGUGGACCAGAGUGGCAGGUAUUUGUCUGAAACGCUGAGAAUUCGAUUGGCUCCAUCUGUGACCAGCUUAAUGCUGCUGGCAGAGUGUCCAGAGGACCGCCAUGGCACAUCUGGUGUACUGCUUGUUGGUGAUCCAUGGGUGGAAACUGUUCGCUUAGGCCGCAAAAGGUUUGGACAGCUCCCUUGGGCCGAGAAAGAGGUGAAAAUGCUUGAAAAAAUGCUAAACGUUCAGUCUCUAACAGGAAAGAACGCUACCAAGGAACGAGUAUUAAGUAGACUCGAGUCAGUUUCCUUAGUGCACAUUGCAGCUCAUGGUCGUUCAGAAACCGGUGAGAUUCUUUUGUCUCCUAAUCAUGGUAGUCCCGAAAAACCCAAAGAGCAGGACUUUCUCUUGACAAUGGAAGAUGUGCUGAAGGCAAAGCUGCGUGCUAAGCUUGUUGUCUUAAGCUGCUGUCACACUGGGAAAGGGAAGAUCUGUGCUGAAGGAGUUGUGGGUAUUGCACGUGCUUUUCUGGGGGCCGGUGCCCGUUCUGUUAUUGCGUCAUUGUGGGCAAUCGAAGACAAAGCCACUAUGGAGUUUAUGAGAAACUUCUACGAACAUUUGAUUGCAGGCCAUAGCGCAAGUAAGUCUCUCAAUCAAGCCAUGAAAUUGAUGCGGGAGUCUGGUGAAUUCAAUGAAGUGAGGCAAUGGGCGCCGUUCGUGCUGAUUGGUGAUGACGUGACAUUUGAUUUCUCAUUAUUGACCAAUGAAGGUAAGAUUGUCACACCGAGUUGA